CCCACCAAAUCUCAUCCAAGAGACCAACCAGGAAGCGAAUGGCGGAAACGUAAAUCCACCUCACGCUUACAGACAACAAUUUUCGGGAAGAUCACAUCUCUUUUUUUCUGAAUGGAGAGGCCAGUCGAGUAGACGGCACAUGCCCUCAGCUACAGACGGUGGAUGGUGUUGAAGAAACGAUGUCGUCGUCUCGUACUACCUGGCAUGUUCGGUAAAGUGAGUGGACAUUAACCAGCCAAUGAUCCAGCUGAGAGUGUCCUGUCACUGACAGCCUGCCAGAUUAUAACACCGACAUAUGGCCCAGCUCGUCAGCUAGCCGAAGGGAGACUACGUAACGACGCAUCGCUAGCAUCAUGUUCCUGAAAUCAUCGUUUACCACCCUGAUCGUGGGGGUGUUUGUGGUGUAUGUGCUACACACCUGCUGGGUGAUGUACGGGAUAGUUUACACUAAACCCUGUGACAACCCCAAAGGUGACAAAUGUAUCACACCCUUCCUGGCAGGAAACCCGAAACUACAGUUGAGUAUCUAUACUGCACUGCGGCCCAAUGCAGAAGGAGGGCAUACCCUGAUCCACAAAGAGGACAAGUUUGAUGUCAACAGCAAGUUUGAGAGGAUAGUAAAAGUGUCCCUCCCCAAGAAGACCCGCAACAAUGGAACUUUAUAUGCACUAAUUUUCGUCCAUCAAGCUGGUGUCACCCCGUGGCAGGAUCCACAUCAGGUUCACUUGGUGGCUCAGCUCACCACGUUCAUGGUCCCUAAACCGCCUGAGAUCUCUUUGAUAUCUGGGGAGGAUCAAACGCAGGGUCAGAGAGAAGGAGCCCAGCAGAAGAAACAGCAUGAUGGUAACCCCACGGCAGGCGGUCACACUUCCACGUCGGAUCACCCGACUUCCCACUGGCGCUCCCGCCUGACAUUCAACAUUGUGAGCGACCACUUCCUGUUCGACAAAGAAUACCUGCCCGGUGACGUCCACAGAUACCUCAGAGUAUUUCAAAAUGGUAAGAAGAUGGUUUAUCUACCUCUGCUGUUUGUCGAUGAGCUCAGCAACAGGGUCAAGGACCUUGUGGAAAUCAACAGUACAUCCACGGAGCUCCCUCUGACCAUUUCCUACGACUCUAUCUCUCUUGGGAGGCUGCGGUUCUGGAUCCACAUGCAAGAUGCUGUUUACUCUCUGCAGCAGUUUGGUUUCACAGAAAAAGAUGCUGAUGAGAUUAAAGGAAUCUUUGUGGAUACCAACCUGUACUUCCUGGCUCUCACUUUCUUUGUUGCUGCCUUCCACCUCCUCUUUGACUUCCUGGCAUUCAAGAAUGACAUCAGCUUCUGGAAGCAGAAGAAAAGCAUGGUGGGAAUGUCCAGCAAAGCAGUGCUCUGGCGAUGUUUUAGCACCAUCGUGAUCUUCCUCUAUUUGUUGGACGAGCAGACCAGCUUGCUUGUCCUCAUCCCUGCUGGCAUCGGCUCCAUCAUUGAAGUAUGGAAAGUGAAGAAGGCCUUUAAAAUUCAGGUUUUCUGGAAAGGAGGCAAACCAACAUUCCUGUUUGGGAAAUUAGAUGAAUCAGAGCGGAGAACAGAGCAGUACGACACUCUGGCCAUGAAGUAUCUCUCCUAUCUCCUUUACCCAUUAUGUAUUGGAGGGGCUGUGUAUGCUCUAAUAUUCCUACGCUAUAAGAGUUGGUACUCGUGGUUGAUCAACAGUUUGGUUAAUGGUGUGUAUGCCUUUGGCUUCCUCUUCAUGCUUCCUCAGCUGUUCGUCAACUAUAAGCUGAAAUCUGUGGCCCAUCUACCCUGGAAAGCCUUUAUGUAUAAGGCAUUCAACACCUUCAUCGACGAUGUGUUUGCCUUCAUCAUCACCAUGCCGACGUCCCACAGACUGGCCUGUUUCAGAGAUGAUGUGGUGUUUCUGAUUUACCUCUACCAGAGAUGGCUCUACCCAGUGGACAAAACGAGAGUAAAUGAAUAUGGAGUUUCUUACGAUGAAAAGCCCAAAGGAAAGUCCCACAAGGACUAAAGAUGGAAGACUUGUUUUUGGCUUCUGGCAGGUUUUGUCUUCGGUCAACUGGUAUCCACUGAUCUCAUCUGGCAAACAGACCAGGUGCAUCAACACCCUCGUGGUUUUGGACUUUUCACCCCGUCCCAUAGUGCAAAGUGUUGACAGGUCUACAUCAGUUUAUCUCUUUUUUUGUUUUGCAUUGUGCAGAAGAACAGUGAGAUAAAUCCCUGACCCAUUUCAAACUGAUGCAACAAUCUCAAAAAAAGAAGAAAAAAGAAAAAAAAAAGAUUUCUGAUUGGUGUGAAUGUCCAGUACAAACCUUCUCAGCCAUAUAUUCUGCUCUUCCUUUUUUCAAACCAUCAUGUCAAUGCACAAAACCAGUCGCACUCCUUGUGUAUUGGAACAGCUCCAUCCUGUUAAUGUUUUAAUGAGUUUUAAUGAUAUAUCACAUUGGGUUGGACGCCCAUUUUAAGCUGCAGUUGCCUCUUGAGAACCACUGUAAAAUAUUUUCAUAAUUCUAAAUACAAUGUCAAAAAGGGAUUAUUGUCAUUUUAAACAUGUGGACAAAUUCCAAUUAACUGAGAGAGUCUGGUUCAGACUGCUUGGGGGAAUCAGAAUCUAAAAAUAUCAAUUUUCCAUAUUGUUAAUCCCUAAUCGCCAAGCCAGAUACAUCUGAGCUUUAUGAAAAAAAAAAGAGUUGCCCAGUCAUAAUUAUAGUUUGGAUGUUGAAGGGAAACUGGUUAUUAUUGUAGCUUUGAUAAAACACGAAAGCUGCAAUAGGCAAAAGUGGAUACUACUGGGCCAUGUGGACAACAAGGGGAUGCGUUGUUAGCUUGGUUAAACAUUCCCGAUGCAAAAUGUGAGUGUUAAUCUAGAAAUUCUAUGAAACUGUUCUAAUUAUGUUUAAAAAAUGCUUGCUGAAAAUGCUGUUAACAAUUUACCUCUUAGAAAGCACGAAUGGGUUUUGGUUCUAAACUCUCAUGUAGACAAAGCAAACAUAACCUGGGACAAAUGCCAGAAUGACAGACCCCGUUUUAAAGUGAGAACAUAAAACGGAUAUGCUUCAAAAAAAAAAAAAAAAAGACGACUGAGUCAGGAGUUAAAGAAUGGGGGCACCCAAAAUCUUAACUUGUUGCUAAUGUACCCUCCACCUAUGCACAUAUGGCUGACUGUAACAGAAGCACAGUAGAAGACUUGUUGCCGUUCCGGAGUCAUGGCUGCAGUCCUAACAGACUAUUCCAAUUUGUUGCCGUGGCGACAGGGCUAAAUUGCCUAACCACAGUCUUAAGCGUAACAGUUCUAGAAUCUGUUAAGUUGAGCUGUCUGAGUCUCCUGCUCUGUCCACUUGUUAAAUGAUGCUGAACUUUAUUACAUUAUAACACAGGAGGGUGUCACUGAAAGCCAUACUGUCCUUUCCAUCCACUCUGGUUUUGUAGUUUUUACCUGCUCGAGUAUUUUUUUACAUAUCAGGGCCAAGAUAAUAUGUUAGUGCCAAAUGUGAGAAUGAUUCUUUAAACUGUUUGUGAGCCUAAAUGGCACAUCUGAUGUUUUUAAAUAGACACUGACAUUGUAGGGGAAACAAUGAAUUGUAAGACUUGAGGAAAGUAUUACUACACCUAGGCUUUCAGUUACAGUUCAUUUUUUUUGUCAUAGUUAUAUAUAAUGUUAUUUUGUCUUUUUAGGUUGUUUUUUUUAAUAGAAAGACUACUAUCAGCCUAAUCAGCCUUGGAUAAUGUUAGGUCUGUAUACAAAAAUCCAACCCACACUUUCUGUUCCUGUGUAAAUGCAGCCAGGAGAAAUUUUCCAGAAAUUUUCCAGAAAUUUGCCUUGAAAUGGUUUUACUUAUUGAAAUUUUUGUGUCUUUGAUUGAGAUGAAAUAAAAUUGACUGAAUAAACAUGUUGUUUGCAUUGGA